AUGUCUACGCAUUCUACAGCAUGUCUACGCAUUCUACAGCAUUGCAACUGCAACAACUUCAGCAACGAGGCCGCGCAGUUCCUCGCCGGCGCCGCGGUCCCGAGCUACUUCCUCGAGCUGCCGAACGAAGUGAUUAAGAUUAACAGCCCGGUCGGCGCGCUUCUAUUGCCGAUGAUCCAGGGGGUGGAGACGAGCUUGCGAGCAGGGGCUGUACCGCAGCCGCCUCAGUUGAGACCUGCUCCUGCCGCUGCCACCGCGACGCGGCCGUCGUCGGACGAAGUCACGGCGAGGUCGACCGAUGCCGAUGAACCGGAGGUUGACAAAACUGCGGGCAAUGGCAAUGGCAAUGGCAGCACGGUUCCACCCGCGGCGCCGCCUGCUGCAGCACCGGCAGCCGCUCACGUGAGCGCGGCGCCAGCGGCGGUGGCGUCUCCGGACCCCCUCGUGGAGGCGAAGAGCCGGGUGCAGGAGAUAAGGCGGGAGUUCGCGGCCAUCAUGGCGACCGGCGCGGCGCGGGCCGGUGAGGCGGCCGCCCUGGCCACGCGGAGGGUCAUGGAGCGGCACGGCCUGCGGCCCGCCGCCGUUGCCAUGCAGCGAGGGUAG